AUGACGGGGGGGGUCCCAGGGCAGCAGGAGUGGCAUGACGUGUCUGCCUUUCCCUCCCCGGCUGCUGCACAGAGCCCCGAUCACAAGUUCUUGAAGAAGAAGCCGCUGCCCUCCAUCUCGUCCAAGUCCACCGUGUCCCACCUCUCCAGCCCCUGGUACGAGGAGCUCGUCACCUACUUGAUGGAACAGUCUGUCUCCUUGCUCAUCUACAAGUACAAGUUUGAGAAGAACCUUACCAAGCAGCUGGGCUUCAUCUCCUUCCCUGUCACCGAGGCACUCAUGGAUCUCUUCCUGGGCUUCAAGAAGGUGAAGGGCUCCCGCAUCCGCCUGUCUUCGAAGAUUGACUGGACCUGCCUGCUGCGCAAGCUGGAGGAGGCGGAAUGGGCCCAGCCAGUGUCCUGGCAGACCCAGCGAGACGCCUCCCACCGUGGCGCCUCCCAGUGCAGCACCAAGUCCCCCUCCAUGCUGCCCAAGCCAGCCGCUAACAUGGGCCAGGACGAGGCCACGGAGCCCGGCCUUGAUGCUGAGUUGGCGGGCCUCCAGUGGCUCACUCCUCAGGGGGAUACUACAGCUGAGGAGCAGGAGCCCACGAGCCCGCCGGGGCCCAAGCUCUCCACGUCCUCCAGCACUGGCCUGGGAUCCAAGAAUUCUGAGCAGGCAGAGGACACGGAGGACAGCCGGAGCAGUGAGGACGGUGAUGUGGAUGAUGACGAUGACUUCUUUGGGGACCAGGGUAAGCCCCAGAGCCACCCCAAGCCUCAAGUGGAGGUCAAGGUCAGCCAUUUCACAGACGUGGGCCACGGUGACCCCCCCGUGAAGCCCCCAGUAAGCUGCACUGAGCACUCAAUUCCCUGCUCCUCCUCCUGCUCCUCUGAACACUGCCCACCCAGCCAGCCCCUGCCCUGAGCAAAGGUCAGAACAGGUUGAAUGCCCCCAGGAGCUCUGCUGUGCCUCUCAGGGGAGCCAAUGGGGGAAAUAAAGCUUGUGUUGAUGGA